CAAGCUGUAGCGGGUGGUUCGUAGCGCGCGCGUUGCCAGUGCUAUCGUGGCGGCGUAGCGGGUCGGACGGGUCUACGCGCUACGAAACAAGCGAAAGUCGAUUGAGCGAGCGCGUGUCCUGGACGUGUUGAGCGCAAAUCGUACGACUUUAGAUUUUCAAAUAGUUUUUUCCCCUAUAAAUAAACCUUAUUACCAGUGAGCGUGGAGUGAGUUACUGUGCACACAAGUGAUUGUUACGGAAUAUCAGGUGUAGUGUUGCAACCGUAACGAUGAGUGUCUACGAACCGUUUGUGACAUCCAUAACUAAAGAUAAGUGAGAGUACCAGUUGAUCAAUAAUGAAUAAGAGGUGAUAAGUGGUAUCCAAAAUGGCGAUGGUGAUUUCACAGACGACCAAAGCGGCAAUCGGUGGGUUCCUCGCCCUGAUGGUGUUAGGGGCAGUGCUGGUGGUAGGGGCAGCGUUUGGGUGGUUUGACCCUAAAAGGGAAGAUGAAGAUACACCUGCUAAAAUCAGUGCAAGACUGCAAGGGCGAACUUCAUUUGUUACUCAUCGCGCGGUUAAUCCAGAUGAAAAUCGGCUACCCGUGAUCUCGCAUUCUUCACCAUUCUUUAGUGCGGUCAAAGGAGAGAAAGGAGAUAUGGUGCCUCCAGGAUACUGCAGAUGCAGUUUAGGCGACAUAUCGCAGAUACUUGAAGUCACUCCAGAGCUCAGAGGGCCUCCUGGCCCACAAGGCCCGACUGGGGCUGAUGGUACUACCGGAUCUCCAGGGAAAACUGGACAAAUGGGAGAUCCAGGACCACCCGGGCCAGUGGGGCCCAAAGGUGACAGAGGCGAAAGGGGUGAACAAGGCUCAAAUGGGCCAGAAGGUCAGCUAGGUCCAAAGGGUGAACCGGGCUUGGAUGGUGUUCAAGGUCCACAGGGUCCACCUGGCCCACCUGGGCCACCAGGGCCCGUAUCUUCAGCAUUGAUGGAAUCAACAGUCCUCUACGGGUCUGGCAAUGGUGGUCUGCCAGGAGCGCAGGGUGAGAGAGGUCAAAUGGGCUUACCUGGUCCACAAGGUGAACGAGGAUAUCCGGGCAAUAAAGGAGAAAGGGGUCUUCAUGGCCCAAAGGGCGAUAAAGGAGAAAGAGGGUUCAUGGGUCUGAGAGGGCCACAUGGCGCCAAAGGGGAAAGGGGACAGCCCGGGCGAGAUGGCACGCCGGGCCUCCCGGGCGCUCACGGCCGGCCGGCCGAAAAGGGUGAAAAAGGUGCACGUGGUCUUCCUGGCCCACCCGGGCCACCAAUAACUGCUGUAUCCGAAAACUCCGUAUCAACUGACAUACAGCAAAAUGGAGUUCGAGAGAUGCAAAGGAUAAAAGGCGAUAGAGGAGAAAAGGGAGAUAAGGGUGAAAAAGGAUUAAGAGGCUUGGAAGGCCCUCAAGGCUUUCCCGGAAACGACGGCAAACCUGGAGACAGAGGAGACAUUGGUCCGUCUGGGUUGCCUGGAACUCAAGGUGGACUGGGUCCAUCAGGACCAAAAGGGGACAAAGGCGAAGCGGGCCCACCCGGACCAGUUGCGAUAUCUAGGGAGGAAGCUUUAAUAUUGACUAAGGGGGAUAAAGGUGAAUCAGGGCCUAGAGGUAAACGGGGGCAUCCCGGCCCACCCGGUCCUAGAGGUCCUCCGGGUCUGCCAGGUCCUCCAGGGACACCAGGAACAAACGGAAUUUCCGGAGACAUUGGUUUACCAGGCUGGACAGGGCCACCUGGAGCUGCCGGAUCGCCUGGCCCUCAAGGUCAAAAAGGAGAAAAGGGAGAUCCCGGACUGAAUUUGCAUGACUUGGAAAAGAUAAAGGGAGCCAAAGGAGAACGAGGGUUCGAUGGGACCCCAGGUGUCCCGGGUAAAGAGGGUCCUCGAGGCCCACCCGGCCCGCCCGGUCUACCUGCUGCGAAUAUAAAGCACGUACCCUUACCCGGACCCCCGGGACCGCCGGGACCACCGGGUCCCCCGGGCUUUUACCCGAACGAAGUGCCCGAUACAUUGACCGAUAUGCCGGGAAUUAAUCGUCGGGAACCCGGAGUGGGAAAGCAACGGGAUCCUUUGCAAAUUCUGAGGAGCUUGAAUCAUCUUGUUAAUUUUCGACAAGAGCCUUACGGUUAUAUGGAUUCAUUGGCAGACAACCCAGACUUUGAUGACGACGAAGAUGGACGGGCGAUUGUUGGAACUAUUAUAUUCAAGACCACAGACUCCUUAGUCAGACUCGGUGCAAACACUCCACUGGGAACAUUGGCGUAUGUGAUUCAAGAACAAGCCCUUUUAGUACGUGUUAAUAGUGGAUGGCAGUACGUAGCGAUGGGUUCCUUAUUAGCCAUACACUCUCCACCAAUCAAUAGUCCGACGAGAAUACCAAUCCAGAAUAUUCUAGAAACUUCCAGUUUAGUUCAUCAUAAGAAUGCCGCUGUUGAAGGACCCGUGCUCAGAUUAGCUGCUCUCAAUGAGCCACAUACCGGUGACUUGCAUGGGAUGAGCAGCACCAACUAUGAGUGCCGAAGGCAAGCCCAAAGGGCUAACAUGGAUGGGAACUUCCGCGCUUUUAUAUCAACCAGGGUACAAUCGAUGGAUUCCAUAGUCAACUGGGUGAAUCGAGAUACGCCCGUGGUGAACACGAGAGGUGAUGUCCUUUUCAACUCGUGGGCGGAAAUGUUCGACGGUUCAGGGGCGCUGUUCGCUCAUGCUCCAAGAAUCUUCAGUUUUAGUGGCCAAAAUGUAUUGAUGGACCCGGCCUGGCCGACUAAGGCCGUGUGGCACGGCGCUAACCCCAACGGCGAGCCAGCGAUGGAUGCGUACUGCGACGCGUGGCACACCGGCAGCCCUGAGAAGUUCGGGCUGGCUUCCUCGUUACAUUCCAACAAAUUGUUGGACCAAGAAACAUAUUCAUGCAGCAGUAGACUGAUCGUACUCUGCGUAGAAGCCUCUCCUGUAAAUACAGUUAGAAGAAGAAAAAGAUCCAAGUACAGAGCAGAAUUACAUUCUCCAAUAGGUAAAGAAGUGCAACAGAACGAAACUAGUAAACAGUUAUAGAUAUCAAAAUAUGACAAUUUUAAUAAUUAUAAGAGAAAAAAAAAACAUGAAGACUGUAAAUAAUUUUUAAUGUAAUAUGUACCGUUUCGUUAAGCAGUGUCCGGUGCAACAUAUCGACAAUAUAUUUCUUAAACAACUUAAUGAAGUACCCUUAUUUCAUAUUAAUAUGAGAGAUUCCCCUGUACAGUGUAAAAGUAAAUACGAAUCACAAGAUGUUUUUAACAUUUGUUUGAUAUUGUUACUGUGAAACUAGAGAUAUAAGGUUUACGUAAAUUUCAGACGUGUGUACUGCAUACUUCUGUGUCAUGCAGAUAGCGAACUAAAAUAAAAAUUAAAAGCAGCAGUGCUAUUCUUUAAGCUAGCAAUGUCGGUUACAGUCGCAGAAAUUUCACAGUGCUGCGGAAAAGUUGAAAUACUUUGUCCGUAUUCAAGAUAAAUUGUUGUACUCAUUAACUUACACAAAACGCGAUGACAUUCGACGUCGAGUGCUAGUGCCGUUUUGAACACAUGUAAGAUUUUGGCGAUGUUUUACGUUGGCGAUCUCGUUGCUGAAUUGUAGUAAACCAUGCCAAAUAAAUACUAAGCAUUACAAUACGCCUUUUUCAAAUUGGGCUUUUUGGUCAUUGUUAACUUCGCCGUUUUAUUCACCAUAGCACUAAGUGGACAUUGUUCAAUGAGUUUUCAUUUAUUUCAAUGACAUCAAAUCAGACUAUUCUGUACAAAACUGGGAAAAAGUCAAAAUAAGAUCUUUUUCAUCUGUAGAAGGGAAAACAAAAUUUCCAUAAUAUGAUGUAUGGAUGUUGUAGUUUUGUAAAUAACAAGCUUGGACUUACCUUUACAGACAAAGUGGCAUACAACAAUACACUAAAGUAAAAGUAUUUUACUCUAAAUUAAUUUAAGGGAGUCUACUUUGAACAUUAUGUCAAAGAAUCAGAUGAUUUAGUAACAUCCUUACAACUCAGGAUAGUAAAGAGCGUGACAGAUAAGUUUGCGUUCAGGAAUCGCAACUAAAUUGCGGAAAGUAUAUUGUAAAAAGCUUAUGUCAGGCGAAACUCAGUAUAUUGAGUUGUUUUCAUGGUUCGAAUUUAUAAUCAUCAUGCCAAAGAUUGUUGAAAGUGGCGGCAGCGUAAUAUUUUGGAGGUGACUAUGAUUCCAUCAAACUCACGUGGAACUGCAACUUUUCUGGCACGCCUGCACUCUGCCUUUUCCUGUUGUACUGAUAACAAAUAAUAUAAUUUCAUUACUAUUGUUUAUAUAAUAUGCAUCAUUAUUGAACAACGUUUUAGAAAUCGUUCGAAACAUCGUGUUAAGAAUUUAUUGUAAACUCCCAUUUUUAAAGCUAGGCUCCCUUAAAUGUGUUGCUUGCUGCUAAUAAAUUAGGAGGUUCUACUUAGAAGUAAUUAUAUAAAGGAAACGAAAUUUCGAUUUGUAUUCUGUGUUACUAAUGUAAAUAUAUUUCCACAUAGAGUAUAAAUAAAAUAGAUUCACAAUAAAACCCAUUAUAGUACUCGCUCUUUCAAUUCCGUUAGAGUGCUGUUGAUUUUUAUGUUUAUUUAAACAGUUAAUCAUGAUCUUUAAAACCUUUUUAUAGGUUCUUUGAGUACCUACUUCACAUUUCCGUAAUUGUCGAACAGAUUAGUUACAUGGUUUAAUUAACUUUAUUACAGAAAUAUAAUUUUAGAAUAGAUCGGAGUUAUAAGGUAACGUGUUGGAUGGAAAAAUGCCUGAAAAGUGUAAAAGUGUCGUGUGCGUGAAUUUAUUAAGUUUUAUUGAGAGUUAUUGUAUAUAUUUUGCCGUGUUUACAAGACUUUCAUUGAACUUAACUGUCAUUUUACUAAUUUUUCUUUUGUUAAUUAAAUUUCUGUUACAUUUAAUAUUGUAUGUCAAUUAUUAAUUAUCAGUUUGUUAUGUAAUUUAAAUGAUAUUCUAACUAAAAAAGUAUAAAUUAUAGAGGUUAUAAAAAUAAAAUUUUGUUUUUAGAUAUUGUUCCUCUUUGGCUAUGUAUAAGAUACAAAAUAGUUGAAGCUAAAUGUAAUAAAAUGUAUUUUAUCGAAGUCAAGUUAGCUACUCUUAAACUAUUUUCUACCAUAUCUGUGAGUCAAUGAAUUAUAUGGUAUGAAUUGCUAUUAUUUGUUUAUUACUAACAAAUCGAGGAUUUAAUUCUUGCUUGUUUAUCGAAGUUAUAGUUUUAAGUACCACAUAAUAUUAAAUCAACAUUCAUAUAAAGAGCCCCGUAUACCAAACGCGUUAAAUAGUCAUGAUGUGUGGCUGAAAAUAUUAUUUUUAUAUUUUUUUCCACUUCCACCAAUCAAUAUAACGUAAUCAGAUUGGAUUUGACGCGGAACCUACUGUCAAUGAUUGUUAUUAGGUACACUUUUUUGUGUGUAUGUGCGACGUGCGGUAUCUUACCAUUCCUGCAAGGAACACAAUGUACUAUUGAACUGGUAACGAUUUUUUUUUAAGAUUUUCUACGCCCGUAUUGGAAAUUUCUUCUCAUUGGAUGAACAUUAUAACUAAACAGUUGAAGGGAAUCACGGCUCAUGCCCACUAGACGAUUUUUCACCGGAGCUGAGCCAUUAAUGUCCGGCUCUUUUAAUGCUGAUGGUGUGUUGGGCUGUUCAGGUUUAGUUACAUUAAUAUAAGUUCUAAAUACAUAAUAAAUGAAGUGAUGCAUUUAUGUAAUAACCAAAAUUAAUACAUUUAUUUAAAAUAUCUUUAAAACAUUACUUUUGGGAUAGAAAAAUGAAUUCAAAGAAUUGUUUUGUUAUAAAAAUUACAUUUUGUAAAAACAAACGUUAAUACUAAGCCACAAGACAUUUUUUACAGACUGACUGAAUAUGCCAUUAUAUUUCUACAAAACUGACUAUUGCAAUUCUGUUUCUUCUUUUAACUGACUAAGGUCAUGCCUUAUUCAAUGAAAUUAAAGAAUUUAACCUUAUGGAGUCACAAUAAGUCUUAAUGUUUAUCUACCUCUCAAACUUACGUCGCGUCUACAACUCCUAAACAAUAUAAGAAGUUAAGCAAUCAACCAAUUGAUUGACUUUAUUAAAAUACAGUUUUAUAGAUUAACUUAAAGUAUUUUUUAAAGUAAGAUAAUACUAUUAAACCAUGUUUAUGUGAGGUGAACUAAAUGGCUGAACACAAACUUGUGCAUAAGCCCUGCUGGCGCCUAGCCAUUUUAUGCACUCCCGAUCCAAUAUACUCAUAACUCUUGUGAGACUAUCCACUAUCCAAGUGCAUAAGGCAAGUAAAGAGGUUUGCAACUUUGAAGACGACCGAAGAUUUUAGAAUCCGCCGAAAACUUACAAUUACCUUUGAGGAGCUGGCGAUCAAAACGGUAUAAUUACACAAAAUUAAAUUUUACAGGAGCUGUAUAAAAUUGAGCUUAGAGUAAGAAGGUACAAAGUACUGUAACAUUUAAACUUGAUAAGUUGUUCACUAGUUGGUAUGAUCGACCAACACCGACAGCGAUUGUAUUACGUUGUAAAUCGCUUGCAUCUAUUUGUAUUUUCAUUUAAGAUUUUGGGGAUUCUAACUCACGAGUGAGGUCGCGGGUUCGACCGAACGAAAGUGAGUUAGAAUGCCCAAUAUCUUUCUACUGGCAGGGUUUUUAAUUUAUAAAUUUAGUAAUUUAAACACUGUUUUAGGCAGUUUUGAUUGAAAAUUAUUUGUAAAAAAAGUAGUUUGACCAAAUGCGUAAUUAUAUAGUUUUGUACGCUAGCUCCUCCUUUUAUUUCAAGAAGGACAAAGCAAAGAGUAUGAAAAAUUUAAGUUUAAAAGUUACAAAAAUCACUUAGAAAGUGGCUUAGUAUAAGCGGUGUAUCUGUGAUAGUGCUUUCUUUGUCUAUAUUAUGUUAAUGUUAAUUUUAGUGUUAUCAAUUUUAAUUUUUAUAUUUUGUUUUGUUAUUGAAUGAGGCGUUGGAUGCGAUGCGAAAUAACGAAUGUAAACUAGUGAAGAAACCUUGUAAUUUUUCAUUGUUAAUGAAACGACGCUAGGUAAAAUUUUAUUGUACUUCUCAAGUACAGGUUGUUUUGAAAAUAAAAGAAAGG